ACAGAGCUUAAAAGCAGCGGUUUUCUGCCUGUACUUCAUUCAUCUACUGAACGCAGAAAGAAUGGCAAGAACUAAGCAGACCGCUCGCAAGUCCACUGGAGGCAAAGCGCCCAGGAAACAGCUCGCAACCAAAGCUGCGCGCAAAAGCGCUCCGGCAACCGGCGGCGUCAAGAAGCCCCAUCGCUACAGGCCCGGUACCGUGGCUCUGAGAGAGAUCCGUCGCUACCAGAAGUCCACCGAGCUGCUAAUCCGCAAGCUGCCCUUCCAGCGCCUGGUGAGGGAGAUCGCCCAGGACUUCAAGACCGACCUGCGCUUCCAGAGCUCUGCCGUCAUGGCUCUGCAGGAGGCCAGCGAGGCUUAUCUGGUCGGUCUGUUCGAGGACACCAACCUGUGCGCCAUCCACGCCAAGAGGGUCACCAUCAUGCCCAAAGACAUCCAGCUGGCCCGGCGCAUCCGCGGGGAGAGGGCUUAAACUGUCCGCUCCAUAAACACCACAACGGCUCUUUUAAGAGCCACUACAUAAACUAAAGACGGUUUUCCUAUUCAUUUUUUCACUAUUUUAUGGCGUUAUUACCACAUUAAGCUGAAAACU